AAGUCAUGCCUGGCAGUUUGUCAACAACAUCCCACUUCCUGAAGCUGAAUUGGUAUAAAGGCACAUGCACAGAUUCUUGGCUUAUACACUCAGACUGUUACUCUACACUAAACUGAAUCUGUGCUUCUUAAUCUAGUCCGAGGUGAAGAAAAUGGUUCCUGAUACAGAGUGUGGAGUCUGUUAUUUGCAAUACAACAAAAGUUCACGGUGUCCACGUGUCCUGCAUUGUGGACACACCUUCUGCACUCACUGCCUGUUGGAAGUGCUCAGAUGCACUGGGGAAGAAGAUCAGUACAGCAAAGGCAGACUAGGCUGCCCCUUCUGUCGAUCGGUAAUGCAAGUACCCCUUGGUGAAAUCACCCAACUCCCAGUCAACCCUGUUAUUUGGGAAGAAGGCUUUCAGCAAGACAAGGAAGAAGAGAAAGAUGAACAAAGCCAAGAGGCACAAAUUGAGAAGAGGGAAGAAAAAAGCAGAGUUAAACUCUGGUGGACUGCAAAGAGACUGUGGAAAAAAUGCCAUCGGCAACAGCAGCAGGGACAGCAAUGUGUCCAAGAUAAUGACUGUGCAGCUUCUGUAGAUAUGAAAGAUAUGGCAUUAAUGGCAGGCUUAUACAUCAUGUGAAAGAGACUUCCCUAAAGUCACUCUGGAAGAAGAAAGUACUGCUGGUUACGGACAGGGCAUCAUCUACUUGAAAGGAAUAGGGUGACUCAAGGAAGGCCACACCUGGAUAAAUACUGAGCUCUAUAUGAGCUGAAAGACUUGUGCUACAACCCCUGCGAAGAAUGCUAACAUCAGCAAAGUUAAGGCAGUGCAGCACAAACACUGCCUUGUACUGCACAUAUACAAGUAAAUAUCUGCUAUGAACUGUUCUUAUCACCAAAAACAUAGGGGUUAAUGGAUGCCCUGUUUGUUUAUAUGUGAAUCUGCAUGUGGGAUAAUUAUUUAGCAUUUAAAAUUCAUGACAUGCAAAACUUCCUCACACUGGUGGUUGCAAAAUAACAGCUGAACUGGCAUAUGUGCCACAGAAUGUGGCACAUCUCUCUGUUGAAGUAGUGACUUCUACAUUACUCCAGUUUGAUCUGUGAUGUAACCAUGUGGUACUUCAAGACAUUAUGAUGCCAGGCUGCUUGUCAUACUUUUCAGAGUGACAGAAUGUAUUGUGAGACCAGGAUUCUAUUUUCUGUAAAUACCACAGGAACAGGGACUGACACUUUGGAUUUAAGGAUAACAGUUCUCCAAAUCUAUUUAUUCUCCUGUAGGACAACGAAAUGUACAUUAGCCACAAGGGUCUAUAUUCAACAAGACUGUGCACUUAUUAAUGGUACCACAGCCUUACAAAGCUGAGAAUGACAACAGUUCCUGAUACAUUUAUAUUUAUUUACAUAAUGCAAAUGUUAACUUAUUGACUCAUGCUGUGUGCUGUAGGAAUAUUUCAUGUGUAAUGCAUUUGCACAAAUCAUUUUUUAUUAAUAAAUGUCUUUUUUUAUGAAGUAGUGCUUCCAUCUAUCCAGUUUUGUCCAUGAAUCAUCAUGAAGAAAUAGUCCAGCAAACAUUUCUGUAUUUAGAACAGAAGCUGAAGGUCUUGAUCAUAUUUCAUAAUGAAAUAAAACUCAUUAACUAACA